CUUGAACCAUUCAACAAUGGCGGAUAAAAAAUCUUCAAUAGUUGACGCGUGUCAAGCGGCCGAUCACAAUUUGCACAAAAAAAAGUAGCUGCAACACAAUUGACUUCUCCAUCAACAGAAUUGACUUAUAAACAGUUCUUCAUCGAACACCUCAACGAUACAUCCAACAAUGAAGCUAUCGCCCAAACUUUCAUUUCCUCUCUUCUUCUAUCUCUGUGCCAUGAAGGCCUAUGCUCAAGACUCGCCACAAGACUAUGUAAAUGCUCACAACAAAGCAAGAUCAGAAGUGGGUGUUCCAGACAUAGUUUGGAAUGAUGCUAUGGCAGAUAUGGCACAGAACUACGUCGACCAACGCCGUGGCGACUGCGAGCUGGUUCACUCCUUGGGUGCUCCGAGCAUGUACGGGGAGAACCUCGCAUGGAGCUCCGGCGACCAGAUGAUCGGCACCGACGCUGUGAAGUUGUGGGUGGAUGAGAAGGCGAACUAUGACUAUGAUAGCAACUCGUGCGUGAAUGGUACGGUGUGCCGGCACUACACUCAGGUGGUUUGGAAGAGCACGGUUUAUGUUGGGUGUGCUAAAGUGAGGUGCUACAAUGAAUCAGGCAUUUUCAUAGGCUGCAUCUAUGAUCCUCCUGGAAACAGAGUUGGACAAAGACCUUUUAAUAGGAUUGAAGAAAAUGCAUUCUGCUAGUUUCCGAGUUCUGAAGGGAAAGUCAUUAUUAGGUAGACGAUUAAAUAAAUGGAAUAAAUAAUAUAUCUCUUAUUUUGUAUUAAGAUAAUCAAGUAGUGUCGCAGGGAGUAGUGAAAUAAGAAGAAAUUUAGAGGCCAUAAUGAAACUUUUUCCCUUUUAAA